AUUUCUGUCUAUAGAUUAUGACCAGACGUAUCUUCUCUAUAUAUAGAGACCACCUAAGGUAAGUAAGAAGUUUUAUAUUUAGUUGAAUCAGAAGUUAAAGCUGCUGCCUCGAGUGAUGCUUGCUUUUAUUUUGAAGGGUGAACCGCCUUAUUUCCGGUUAUUCCCGCACUUCGGCAGCGUGGCUCGGCCGGACUUUGACGUCGAUAAGGAGGGAAGUUAAGUCGACUCUGAGCCCUCAAAGUUGCUCCAUCAAGAAGAACAAGUUGUAUCGGCCGCAUAAACCGGAGAAAUGACUGACCUGUACGUUUCUCUGGCGGUGUUGGGAGCCGCGGUGACGCUCAGCGAGGCGCUCCGCCGGACAGCAGCGCGCCUCUUUCCCGGAGCUUAUUGGAUUUACCUGCUGGAAGCGGCGUCCACCUUCCAGCUCUGCUGCUGCACUCAUGAACUCAAACUUCUGGGCGAAACAGCCCGGCUGGAGCUGCUGGUCGGCCUGACCCUCACCUACACCAUGACGGUUAUCCACCUUUUAACUUUCCGGGGGGCGACGUGUAACCCCAGCGGGGCUCUGGAGAGUGUUUGCCGGGGCAGCAGCACCGUCCGGGCUGCUGUCGUCCUCAUAGCCUGCCAGUUCGGCGCUGCGGUCGCCGCGCAGUAUUUCGCCGCCUCCGUGUGGUCGCUGGGUCUCUCCGACGUCCACAUCAGGCACCAGAGGUUCGGCUUCAGAUGCUUCGACCCGCUCGGUGGGACCCUACUGGAGGCCGCGGCCGUGGAGCUGGCCUGCGCCUUCACUGUGCAGGCUGCCGCCAUGCAUGUGCACAAAGUGGACGAAAAACUUCGAGCUCACCUCGUCGCUGCGGUCAUCACAGCUCUGGUUUACACAGGUGGAAGUAUUUCAGGAGCUGUUUUUAACCCCGUCUUGGCCUUCUCCGUCCAGUUCCCCUGCAGUGGCCACACCUAUCUAGAGUACUGCUUUGUUUACUGGCUGGGACCAGUUUUAGGUGUGGCGAGCUGCAUCCUGCUGUUUGAGAAGAUCAUCCCUUUCCUCUCUGGAAAGAGUACCAUUAGGCUGGACGUCCCCACUGCCCAGAAACCGAAGACACAGUAGCGGUGAAGUCAAGUAUCUCUUUUUUUAGAGCUUUUUAUUCCACAUUUCUCCUACUAGUAGAUGCCUCUGGGUUUUUCUGGCUCAAGUUGUAGGCCACAGCUAACUCAGUGACUCCAUGGUAACCUCUGUACUUCAACGUAUAGACAGUUUUGUCACAACUUUGAAUAAACAAUAAGAAACUGAAAUGUGUGCAGGGAAAAAUAAGAACAUAAUGCAAAAGGAACAACAUUACAUCUACGUUUUGUUAGUAUCGGGAAGUUCCAAUGCAUAUCUUUAAUUUUAAUAAAGUCAGGUAUUUGGGUUGUUACUGUUAGAGCUUAAGUAGUAUUCUCACUACAUUUAACUUGUGAAACUGGUGGGUUGGAAGACAUUUCCUCAACUACAUUACAGCACUUUCUAAAAAACAAAAGUCAAUGUGAAAUUAAGGGUGAAGGCAAAGGGCACAAAAGUUUGGUGGUAUGUUUUAGUUUUAGUUUGAUUAAUAUGGAUAUAUUUUGCACAAUUGUGAAAUCACUACACCAAAAUGUUUCGAGUACAUUUGAUAUGUGAACACGGAUCCUUUUUCCACCGCCUGACGUUGGGAUGACCAAAGCUUUUACUGUCUUUUGAACCUUUAUGUUUUCCAGCAUAAAUCAUGUCUGACUGCCGCUCAAUCGUUUUUCUUUUUCUUCAGUAGACAAAGAGUUAAAAGAAUACUAGUGAAAUAUUUGUUUUGCAUACUUUUAAUUUGUGAAAAACUUCAGUAACUUCCAUUUCUUUGUGAGCCAAGGACAAAUUAACUUACAACAUUUAUACCUCCAGAGUCUGGAUGAUGAUAAUGGAUUUAGUUUCUGUGAGUAAUACUUGUGUGAUUAUUUCUACAAUGUGAAUAAACAAACUUCUCUCACA